AUGGCCAGUCUUCAGUUCCACGGCAACGUCGAUGCGGACAUCAGGUAUGAUAUUAGCCUGGAUCCGGCUAGGGAAUCGAAUCUCUUCCGUCUGCUAAUGGGACUCCAGUUGGCGAAUGGCACGAAGCCAUCGCCGCGGUUACCCAAAUGGUGGCCAAAGCGGCUGGAAAUGAUUGGUAAAGUGCUGCCCAAAGCCUAUUGUUCCAUGGUGAUUUUCACCUCCCUGCAUUUGGGUGUCCUGUUCACGAAAACCACACUGGAUGUCCUGCCGACGGGGGAGCUGCAGGCCAUAACGGAUGCCCUCACCAUGACCAUAAUAUACUUUUUCACGGGCUACGGCACCAUCUACUGGUGCCUGCGCUCCCGGCGCCUCUUGGCCUACAUGGAGCACAUGAACCGGGAGUAUCGCCAUCAUUCGCUGGCCGGGGUGACCUUUGUGAGUAGCCAUGCGGCCUUUAGGAUGUCCAGAAACUUCACGGUGGUGUGGAUAAUGUCCUGCCUGCUGGGCGUGAUUUCCUGGGGCGUUUCGCCACUGAUGCUGGGCAUCCGGAUGCUGCCGCUCCAAUGUUGGUAUCCCUUCGACGCCCUGGGUCCCGGCACAUAUACGGCGGUCUAUGCUACACAACUUUUCGGUCAGAUCAUGGUGGGCAUGACCUUUGGAUUCGGGGGAUCACUGUUUGUCACCCUGAGCCUGCUACUCCUGGGACAAUUCGAUGUGCUCUACUGCAGCCUGAAGAACCUGGAUGCCCAUACCAAGUUGCUGGGCGGGGAGUCUGUAAAUGGCCUGAGUUCGCUGCAAGAGGAGUUGCUGCUGGGGGACUCGAAGAGGGAAUUAAAUCAGUACGUUUUGCUCCAGGAGCAUCCGACGGAUCUGCUGAGAUUGUCGGCAGGACGAAAAUGUCCUGACCAAGGAAAUGCGUUUCACAACGCCUUGGUGGAAUGCAUUCGCUUGCAUCGCUUCAUUCUGCACUGCUCACAGGAGUUGGAGAAUCUAUUCAGUCCAUAUUGUCUGGUCAAGUCACUGCAGAUCACCUUUCAGCUUUGCCUGCUGGUCUUUGUGGGCGUUUCGGGUACUCGAGAGGUCCUGCGGAUUGUCAACCAGCUACAGUACUUGGGACUGACCAUCUUCGAGCUCCUAAUGUUCACCUAUUGUGGCGAACUCCUCAGUCGGCAUAGUAUUCGAUCUGGCGACGCCUUUUGGAGGGGUGCGUGGUGGAAGCACGCCCAUAAUGUAGUAUGUAGCACGCCAAAGUAACGAUGCAUAAGGUGUGUGAAUGCGAAUGUGAAUGUGAAUGGGUGGGCAUUGCUACGUGUGUAUUUAUAGAGACUCAUUUGUUUCAGUUUUUGCCGCCUACUUUGGGCACCCAUCGCGCUUAGAUGAUUACCUUUUUGUUCGCUUUGUAUU